UCGAUCUUUCUUUGAUGUGCCCCAUACACCUUUGAUAGGACGUCUCUGGAAUUUCGAAUUUGUUACCGCCAUGACUGUAAAUUUUCAAGCUCCUUAACAAGUUUCUUUCUGUCCUCCCCAUUUUUUUGUUCAUUAUAAAAGUGGGUGUUCACUGUCAAGCCAUGGAAGUGGGUGUUGUGAGCUCUGAAAUUCUGUGGGCUUCUGUUCCCUGUAUUUCUUACUUUUUAACUGUUAUUUCUGGGCUAUGUGCCUCCCAUAUGGGAUCACUUGUACACCAUUAAAGUGGGUUCCGCAACCUCCACUACUCGAAACGCUUCUGGGUCUUAAUUUCUGGUAGUUGUUUGAGGUGUUUUCUGAAAUUUCUGAAAGUUUUGAUUUAGUUGAAAAGCUUCUUGCUUGUUUUGUUUUGGGUUACUGAUAAAUUUGCAGAGAAGAUAUAUUGCAUGUUUGGAGACUAUGGGUGAAGAGAAUGGAACCAGUUUAAUGGAGGCGACUCCUCCAUGGUCACUGUUUAGUGAGAGGGAGCCCAAUUGCCCAACAAGAAUUUACUCUCUCCCGCUGAGCGGUAUUUCGUCAAACCACCAAAACCUAAUACCUCAGGACUCUCUCUCCCCUGUGUAUAAGCCUGGUUUCUCGAGCCCCUUUGUUGAUUUUGAUCCAGGCUAUGCUGGAAGUAGGCCGGAGAAAGAUCAGUCCGGUCAAGAAGGCUAUGGUUUUGGCGGAAACCGGCCGGAAAAUGAUUUCUCUUCGAGCUUUAGUGACGCUAUGGCUGCCCUGCAACGCUAUCUUCCCUCGAACUAUGAGGACCAGGAACCAAAUGCUGCAAUCGAUGCGUAUUCCUGCGAUGAGUUCCGAAUGUAUGAUUUCAAGGUGAGACGAUGUGUUCGAGGGAGAAGCCAUGACUGGACUGAGUGUCCCUAUGCUCAUCCUGGUGAGAAAGCGAGGAGAAGGGAUCCUCGAAAGUUUCACUAUUCAGGGACUGCAUGUCCUGAUUUUCGAAAGGGGAAUUGCAAGAGGGGUGAUUCUUGCGAGUUUGCUCAUGGUGUUUUCGAGUGUUGGCUACACCCUGCUCGCUACAGGACCCAGCCAUGCAAGGAUGGAACGAGUUGCAGGCGGAGGGUUUGCUUCUUUGCUCACACGCCGGAGCAGCUUAGGGUUUUACCUCAGAAUCCAAGCCCUAGGUAUUCCGGUGCUGUAUCUGGUGGGUUUCCCGGCGUGUCGAGGUUUUCCGGUGAGUCCUAUGAUGGGUCACCUAUGCGUUUGUUUGCCAAGGCUUCGUCUCUCUCAAACUCCCUUUCGUCUCCUCUCUCGAACUCUCUUUCUCCCACUUCAACUCUCGCUUCGCAUGUCCACUCCCCUCCUGCCCUAUCGCCGCCUCUGUCACCAUCCGUUUCGCCUCCCCUUUCUCCGGCUAAUUUCUCCCCGGAAAAUCAGAUUUUCCGGCGUAGGAUCCCGGUUUCCGAUGUGGUUUCUUCCCUGAAAAAUCUGCAACUCGGUGGUUCUCCGAACUCGGGUGCUUUCAUGGCGGUUUCCGGUAAUCAGGGGAGGUUUUCUGGGGGAUUCAGCUCUAGUUUCAGGCCAGCCUUUAGCAGCCUCCCUUCAACUCCUACAAAGGUGGGCUGGACCGAUAGCUUUGGAAAUGGAGUUGCAGACGAAGAAGAGCCAGUCGAGAGGGUCGAAUCCGGUAGGGAUCUUCGGGCUCAGCUGUUCGCAAAGCUUUCGAGGCAAAACUCGAUGGCUGAGAGGACUGAAGCUCAAGCUCCUGAUCUCGGCUGGGUUUCCGAGCUCGUGAAGUGAGCCAGCAUCUUAGUAGCUGGUUCUGGUGUUUUUGAUUCUUCAUAUCCGCUUUGGAAGUCCUUUGAUGGCAGUUUGACUGAUUUUAGUUUUUUUGCGGUGGUUAUUAGCUGAUUCUCUUUUUCCUGGUAAGGUUUCCAGUGAUUCUCGAUUUUCCGGCAGCGAUUCCGGCCACUUUUUGAUUGUAAAUACGCAGAAGACAACCAUGAGUAGGAGCAACGAAGAUUCAGAGUAUGUCUCUUUAUGUAAAUAAAGAUCAAUCAGGUGUUUCUUUAGAUGAUUUGGGUUUUUGAGAAGGAAUUAAUUUCUUUAUCUGUGGUAAAAGAUGAAGGAUUUUGUACAGGAAGAUGAUGCAGUAUUGGUUAAGGCUACCCCAAGUGGUAGUGAAAUAUUCUCUCUUUGCUAUCUUGUUUUCCCCCUCCUAAAUCUUCUCUCUUAAUUUUUGGUAUUUCCUACAUGUAAAGGAUGGGAACUCUUUUAUGUCUCUGUAUUAUUUUGGUCAAGAAUGAAGCGUUGUAAUUAAAUAUGCAUAUUCAGUUCUUUGAAA